CCACGUGUGUACUAUCAGUCGCAGCUGAUUUUCUGAAGCUGUUGGGUAAUGUAGUUUUUUGCGAGAGAAAAGAGGCGAAGAGAGUAACAGUAAAACUAAAAAGACCCACAAUGCCAUUCGCUGAAUGAGUAGAGGUCUGGACUGGCGUAGUUAUCAGACACCGGCCGGUACGCACUACGCAGGGAAAGUUGCUGCAGGGGAGCCAUACCAUACGACCGGCUGAAACGGCGUUUUACCACUUUAUAUCGCGGCAAUCACACUGACAGGAUUUGAACUAAAUUACUUGACCAGGAUGCGAAGAGCAAGAAUUAGUAUUAAGCCCAAUGUCAGGCCAGGAGGUCGAAGUGUGGAGCCUGCUGCAGAGGACAAGAGCUCCCAAGGGUCCACAGCUGUUGGUGACACCCAGCAAACGCUGUCACCUUCUCCACAGUCUCAGCUGGAAGUCAAAGAGUCUGCUGUGGCGACAGGAGAUGGAAAUGUGCCCGGCUCUCCAUCAGAAAAAGCAUCACUGAACAUUAAUGAUGGAGCGCCAUCUAGCGUCAGCACACCUGCAACUACAGUACUUCAGAGGAGGAGUAGAUUCUCUGCCACACCAAACCUAGGCAGACCCAAAGUCCGUUCUGCUCCUCCUCCAUCCACUGGAAAGACUGUUUCUCUUCCAUCAGAGACAUCCAAGACAUCAUCCCCUUUCCAGGCAGCCAAGUCUUUUCCUCAGUCCCCCAUCCCAGUUGCUAUCAGCAGAGACGAUUCACAAAACUAUAUAUUCUCAGAUGUCACUACAGCAGCCAACUACCCUCCAUCCUCACCAUGUCUUCCAUCAACAUCUGGCUGCCCAGAAUUUCCAUUAUCAACAGCGUCUCAACAAGAGCCUUGCCAAACUCCCCAAAAAAUCCCAAAUGAGGAUUUUGGGCCACAAGGAGUCACUCCAGUUUCAUGCACACUCUCACCAUAUGUGAAACUGUCACGUGUUGAUGGACCAGACUCUCCCCUCAGGACCAAAAUUUCUUCAGACAAGCAGCGGGUCUUGAGGGCCCUCAAACUGAAAGAACUGAUGAAGCUGGAGAGGAAGAAAGAAGGAAUGGAGAAGAAGAGUAGACAACCUAAAUGUGAGCAUGGCUUUGAGCCAGAUCGUGACAAAAUGACCUUAGCUGACUUCAUUUAUUACCUGCCUGAGUCAAACCCUAUGAAGUCCUCCCUUUCCACAGAGGAGACUCAAACACAGACCACUGCUCCACCAACUCCCACGGUGCAGAAAAAUAUGGCAGAAGCAGGCGAGGAGGAUGAUGAUGAUGAUGCUGAUGCUGAUGAGGAACUGCUUGUUCCCAAAGUCAAGGUGGCAGAAGAUGGCUCACUGAUUUUAGAUGAAGAAAGUUUGACAGUGCGCGUUCAGAGGACGUCUGAUACAGUUGUUGAGAAUGCAAAUCCACUGUUUGAACGAGGCUCUACUACAACAUACACAAGUUUCAGGAAAAAAGGCUAUGUGAAAAACUGGUCUGUCAGAGAGACAGAUAUGUUCUAUUUGGCCAUCAGUAUGGUGGGAACAGACUUCUCCAUGAUUACUCAGCUGUUGACUCACCGUAGCAGAGCAGAAAUUAAGAGUAAAUUUAAGAAGGAGGAGAGAGCGAAUGCAUGGCGAGUGGAUAAAGCAUUCAGAAAUAAGCGACCAUAUGACAGCGAGCUUUUCAGUUUCCUGCUGAAGAGGGUCUUGGCUAAAGACAAACAAAAAGGCAAAUCCAUAAAACUGGUUGUAAAAUCCAGUAAAGCAAAGAAAGGCAAAGAUGGUAAAAAAGUGAAACAGCUUGAGGACAAAGACUCCAUUAAUGAUGAUGAUGAAUUGUGCAGUGUGGACAGUGUCUGUUUUGAUUUAGAAAAGGAGAAUGAGGACAGCAGUAAUAUGAAUGAAGCGGAUGUGCCGUCAAGCACAAGCAAGAAGCGUAAACGCACAAAAGACGCUGAGCCAAAAACAUGCAAGGCGAGCAAGAAAAACAAGGCACCGAAAAAAGCCAAAUGCUUAAUGGAAGCUGAAGAUGGUGACCUUGUGUGUGUGGACAAUGACUUGGAGGAAGACUCCGUAAACACAGACAAUGAAGAUCAGUCAUGUAUGCCCGUAUCAAAAAAGACACGCAAACAAUCAAAAAAGGGUGACCAGGAGGGGAAAGAAUUGAAAAUAGAAGAAAAACAGAACAAAAAGAAGAACAAAAAGACACUUGAAGUACGGAAUGAAGAACCUACUGAUGGAGAAAGUGGUGCAGUGAAUGAGGAGCACAAUGAGGCAUCUGCCGUCCCAACUAAAAAGCGGAAACGCUCCAAAAAGGAGUGUACUGGAUCUGAGCUGGGUGCUGAUGGUAGUGAAGUCUCGUCAACAGCCCCUGGUGCUGAAGAGGAUCAAGGGGAGAAGCACUUUCCAGGGAGUGCGGCUGAGGAGGAGAUUUCACAAAGCUCCUUCAAACGUUUAAAAAGGCCCAAUUUGGCAAAAAGGAAAGUCAAAAUAUGUUCUGAGCCAAAAGCAACAGUAGAGCUUGAGGAUACAGUAGAAGAAUGUCAAGAUGAGAGCUGCAGAGAAGCAGACAAUGAGUUGAGAAUCAUCUGUCUUGCUGAGGAUCAGCUCCAGAAUCAGCCUGUAGUUGUUCUGGAAAGAACUCCACCAAGGUUAAAAGAUUCACACAACUCAUCUGAAAUCCAAAACCAGCUUCAGUCCUCCCAGAGCCCGCAGCAUUCUCCUGGACGGCAGAUGAGAGCAGAAAAGGUCAAGCGCAAUCUGACUGCUUCAGGUGAUGGUAGUGAAGUCUUGACAGCAGGCCCUGGUGUUAAAGAGGAUCAAGGGGAGAAGCUCAUUCCAGAGAGCACAACUAAGGAGGAGAUUUCGCAAAGCUUGUUCAAAUGUUCUCCUGGGCAGCGGACAACAGCGGAAAAGAACAAGCACAAUCUGACUGCUUCAGAAGGGGAUCAGAUAGACCAGUGUCAUACUGGGUCAGAUCCGUCACCAGAGGACAUGAGCAGCACUGCCAUGGCGAAACAAGUGGGCAUGCAAGACUCUAAAGUGGCUGAUCAUUGUAUGGAGGAGGGUUUAAAUUUACAGCAUUUAGAGUUUUUGACUUCAUCUGAAGUUAAUGGUCAGACAUUACUGAAAAGAGCAGUUGUGUUGGUGUCUCAUGACGAAGUGAAGCACUACCUCAGGAGUCAAGCACAAACCACUGCAGAGGAAUCAACAGCCUCUGAGAGUCAGCAGGACACAGCACCUGCCAGAGACCUUCACGUCAGUACUGGAGGAGUUUAUUCUGUGGUAGAGCAUAGGGAUGGUCUUGAGGAACAGGGUUCUUCUAGUGGUACUCUAGAAGAGAGGGUCUCUCAAGAAGUGAAGGAAACCGACACCGCCUCCAUUUCUGCCCAACAAAGCAUUGUCGAAAAAAGGAGAAGGUUUUCCAAGCCCAAACCCAGUCUGAGCCGGUCAGCACAGUCCAUCCGCAGACCUCUGAAUGUACAGACAACAGAUUUUAAUGAAAAUACCCCGUCUUUCAAACGUGACUCAGUGCAGCUGCAGUGUAGCUGUCCUGUGGAAGUCCAAGUGAAGAACACCCCAAAUGAAUGCCUUGUAGAAGAGCACAGGGACCGUCCUGAGGAAGAGAGCACAUGUAGUGUUACUCCAGAAGAGAACGGCCCUCAGGAUGUUCAGGUCCAGGAUGAUGAAGCAGAAACCACUGUAGAUGAUCUUCCUUCCUUAACAUCAGUUGGAAGUCCUCCAAGAGCGAGUAAGAUUUUACCCAUCCUUGGGAUGCCCCAGGUUCUUGACACCACACCGUCAGAUGAAGAUGUGCCUGAAAGAAGAGGAUUUGAUAGGUCUCCAUCGCAGACGUCUGAGAAUGAAGAUCAAAUUACUGAUCAGGAGGAACAGGAUUCAGAGCCUGUUGAGUCUGAAGUCACAGACGCAAUGAUUGAGGAAUCUCGGACAGAGCUGAAGAGGAUUAUUCCAGUCAGCUGUUCUGCGGAUGGUUCCUCAGUUUAUACUGAAGAUGAUAUUGCCCCAGAGAGACACAGUCAGUUUGAUAAGCAAACACCCAACUUAGAAGGGACACCCCCAGUCAUGAUCAACCCUCAGCAGACCUUAGAGCCUAAAGAAGAUUCUGCCGAAAAGCCAGAACCUCAGAGUCCUGUUCAAGCCCAGCACAGUAAUUUGGAUCAUGACAUGGAGAACAUCUCCAGAGAAGAUAAGCUUCUGUCAUCUGAGGUGGAUUUACAGGAACGUAAACUGGAUGAACCAAAUGAUCCAGUUCUCAGUGAUGCUUCAUCAGCACCAUUUGAAGCACACAGUCUGGUUUCACCUCCCAAUGAACAUGCAAGCAACCUGUGUGAUAUGGACACGAUGCAGUUUAGCGAGUCUGUAGCUGAAGACAUCCAAAUACCAGGUGAGCAGGAUUCAGAAAAGCAAGACUGCACAGAAGAGCCAUCAGAAGCUUCUGAGGAAUGCAGUGCCCCUCUCAAUCAAAAUGCAAAAUCUGAAAUUUCAGAUUCAGCUGGAGUGGAUACAGGUGCAGCUGAUAAACAGUCUGAGGAGGAGCCCACCUUUAUUUUAACUUUAUAUGAGAUUCCAGCCUCUCAGCUAUUUCAUGAGGCUGCCUUUGGGCAGCAGGGCACUGCCCCUUAUGAACUGCAGCCAGCACAAUUCCAGACACCCUCACUGUUGUCGAGUAGUUCACAUUUUCAUUCUGUCACAUUAGAGGCUUCCAGUGCAUCUCUGCAUAUGGCAUCAGAAGAGACCAGUAAUCCAUGUAAAAGUAGUUCUCACAAGUUAGUGGAUGACUCCCUGGAUCCUCUUUCAAAGGAUGCAGUAGAUGGUGCCAGGACACAAUUGAUAUCCUCACAGGAAAGCAGUCGUGAUGAUGUGAACUCUUUAAUUAGUCCACCCGCGAUGUUCUCCUGUAAUUCUGCCACGCCAUCAGAUGUGCCGAAGUUGGAUGAGCUCCUGACAGAAUCCCCAGAAACUAAAGCUCCCACACAAAGGAGAUGCAAGAUAAAGGUCAAGCCAAAACUAAAGCCAGGUGUGAAGGUUGGGCCUUCAAAAAAUGGCCAGUUUGACUGUGCACCCAGUCAGUAUCUACCACCAUCUCAAGCCACAGCACAAACUGAGAUUGAGUCCAACCAGAGAACAUCUGCGCAGGAAACAGUUGGUCCUAAAAUCCACUCAAGCCCUGAAGACAGUGAGAGAAGAGCACAUCCUGGACCUGACGCUGUGAUAUCAACAGCCCUUGUGCCAGUCUCUGAAGAUAUGAGAGCUGAGAGUCAAGUGAAGUGGGAAAGUCCUCUCAGAACAGAGCUCCAGACGGAUGAGGACACUGUUGUUGGCCCUCCAGUGCACAGUCCAUUCAUAAAGGAGUCUGAGGAGAACACUGAAGCUGGUUAUGAGGGUGUUUCACACAUGGUGUUGGCUGAUACCUUCGUACUCUCAUCAGGAGAAAUGAAGGAUGUUUUUAAUAAGGAAAAGGAAAGCCCUCAUGAUAGUGAGCUCCAAAAACCUGAGGACAUUUCUGUAUGUCCUACAGAGAGUGAGAAAUCUCUUCCUGCAGUUAGUGACCAAAAGGAAAAAAUGGCUGAUAUUGCUAAAAAGCCUGAAACUUACAGAGAGGCAUCAUGUGUGACAUCAUCUGCAUCUCAAGAGAAGACUGUGCCGUUUAGGAGAGGCAAAUUGCAAGUGAAGCCUAAAAUCCCCAAAACGACAUCUACUAAAGAUGAUUUCUCAAGACAGGAGCAGUCUGACUUCGGGUAUAAUGAUCCAGCACCUCUGAUUAAAGAAGAAUCCAUUAAAGUGGAACAGUGGUCUGAUCAAGAGGAGGAGUUAGACAGAGAGCCUGCUGUGAUUGCUUCGUCCUCACAACUUCAACAGCUUAUACCAUUCAGCACUACAAAAACAUCAGCAUGCACUGAAUUGCAACCAGUGGAACUGAAAAUAGAGGAUGGGCAUGAGGAUGCUGCAUACGUGGUGUUGUCUGAUAUAUUGGUGCCGGUUUCUGCUGAAUUGGGAGAUGGUGAUCAUAUGGCUAGUGGAAGUUCCAUCCAAACCAGUCUUCACAUGCGUGAAGAGAGCCAGCAGGCCGUCGCUGCAGAAGCAGACCAGGAAACGGAUUCACAUGAAGGCGUUUCACACAUGCUGCUGACUGAUAUAUUGAUCCCCGUCUGUGAGGAAAUGGCAGAUGAUCUGAGCAAGGAAUGGACAACAACUGGAAAGAGAAGCCCUCUUGAGGCAGAAAGAUCUCAGGUGAGAGAGGAUCCAGAUACCACAGACCUGUCAUGCGCAGUGUCACAAUCAUCAAAUGUGGGACCAUCAGUAUCACCCAAGAGGAAAAGACCCACUCUGGCAAAAGGCAAGUUAUUGGUAGAGAUGACGUUUCCCAAAAGGAAGACUGGAGAUUCCCCUAAGAGUGACGAGCAAUCACAAACCGUUCCUCCGUCAACCGUAAUGUCAACACAAUGCAGUGCUGAGACAUGUGCUGGCUUGCUGCCCAUUGGCUCAGAGGACUGUGAGGAGGCAUGUGGGGGUGUUUCUCACAUGGUGUUCUCUGAUAUUUUGGUGCCUGUAUUGGAUGAGACUGCAGAAUGCACCCUUCACAAAGAGGCCUUCUCAGCUGGUCUUAAAGAAGAUGCAGUCCAUGUAUGUUUCUAUUUUGAAAGGCCAUUGGUCGCUUGA